CUUAAAAAAGAAAGUCUUUCCGGCUUUUCAGAAGCGGAUACAAAGGCUCUUACUCGGCCCAUCUAAGCCCAAGUACCGAGUUUGAGUUUCACCAUUUAUCCGCUUUGUAAAACGACAUCGUUUUGAUAGCAAAGUAUUCCAUUUCAAACUCAAUGAAACAGAUUUUUGAAAAUAUGCCUCUUCUAUUCCAAAUCAACAUACUAUAUAGAAAAUUCUUUUCGAAGAGGCGUUUUCCUCCAGUUGGGUGAGUUUGUUAUGAACCGGUUGAAGCAAAUCCAAGCUUACACCCUCAGAAAUGGCAUAGAACACACCAAACAACUCAUAGUGAGCCUCCUCCAAAUCCCCAGUAUUCCCUAUGCACACAAACUGUUCGACUUUAUUCCUAAACCAACUGUUUUUCUCUAUAACAAGCUCAUUCAGGCCUACUCUUCACAUGGGCCUCACCAUCAAUGCUUUUCCCUCUACACUCAGAUGUGCCUCCAAGGCUGCUCACCAAAUGAACACUCCUUCACCUUCCUCUUUUCAGCUUGUGCCUCCCUUUCCUCCCACCAACAAGGCCGAAUGCUGCACACCCAUUUCGUAAAAUCGGGGUUUGGUUGUGAUGUUUUCGCCUUAACUGCCUUGGUUGACAUGUAUGCUAAAUUGGGCUUGUUAUCAUUGGCCAGAAAACAGUUUGAUGAGAUGACGGUAAGGGAUGUGCCCACAUGGAAUUCAAUGAUUGCGGGUUAUGCAAGGUGUGGGGAUUUGGAGGGGGCUUUGGAGUUGUUCAGGUUGAUGCCUGCUAGGAAUGUGACUUCAUGGACAGCAAUGAUAUCUGGGUAUGCGCAAAAUGGGCAGUAUGCGAAGGCCUUGUCGAUGUUUCUGAUGAUGGAAGAGGAGACAGAAAUGAGGCCUAAUGAAGUGACUCUGGCCAGUGUUCUGCCGGCAUGUGCAAAUCUCGGGGCAUUGGAGGUUGGGGAGAGGAUUGAAGUGUACGCAAGGGGGAAUGGUUACUUCAAGAACUUGUAUGUGAGCAAUGCAUUGUUGGAAAUGUAUGCAAGGUGUGGCAGAAUUGAUAAGGCAUGGGGGGUGUUUGAGGAGAUUGAUGGCAGGAGAAACUUGUGCUCUUGGAAUUCUAUGAUCAUGGGGUUGGCUGUACAUGGAAGAUGCGAUGAGGCUAUUGAGCUUUUCUACAAAAUGCUGAGAGAAGGAGCUGCACCCGACGAUGUAACAUUUGUUGGAGUUCUUUUAGCAUGCACCCAUGGAGGCAUGGUUGUAGAAGGCCAGCAUUUCUUUGAAUCCAUGGAGAGGGAUUUCUCAAUUGCUCCCAAACUGGAGCACUAUGGAUGCAUGGUUGAUUUGCUGGGUCGUGCUGGAGAAUUGAGAGAAGCUCAUGAUCUCAUACUAAGAAUGCCAAUGGAACCAGAUUCUGUGGUUUGGGGGACUCUUCUGGGGGCAUGCAGUUUCCAUGGCCAUGUAGAGCUGGCUGAAAAGGCAGCUGGGGCUCUCUUUGAGCUUGAGCCAUCGAAUCCUGGAAACUAUGUCAUUCUUUCCAAUAUUUAUGCAACUGCAGGCCGAUGGGAUGGGGUUGCAAGGCUAAGGAAGCUCAUGAAAGGUGGCAAGAUUACAAAGGCAGCUGGAUAUAGUUUCAUUGAGGAGGGAGGCCACAUUCAUAAAUUCAUUGUGGAGGAUAGAUCACAUUCAAGAUCUGAUGAGAUAUAUGCAUUACUGGAUGAAGUUUCAAUGAAGAUGAAGCUUCAUGGGAAUGUAAAUGAUUCAGAUUCUGAAAUCGAAACAGCAUGCCUAAUGGUGUGAUAGCUCCAACUUCACAAGCCAUUACUUCAGUUGCUGCAGAUUGCCCAAAUAAAUGUAAAACAACCGAGAACUUCAUUUCAGGACAUGUAAAAUCUGGCUACAGGUUCAGAAAUUACAAACAAUGGAUUCAAAGCCCUUUGCUUCAAAGUAAGAAGAUAACUGUAUUCAGAAUGACAGCCUACUGAAACCGGCAAUGAAACGAUACUUUUGAUUCCAAUUGGUUCGUGCCUUUUCUUGCAGUAUGGAACAAGGUAUCAUUGUGCAGAAAAUUAAAGUUAUCAAAGAAUAAUAUAACAAUUGUUGACCUGACAUAACAUUAUGCUGUCUUCUUCUUCUUUCUUUUCCAUCUUCGUCUCCUUCCCACUAAUUUAAGAACCUCAUCGAUAAGAAUCACAGGUGCAGAAACCAGGAUAACAAGAAACCAUUCAUUCAGACUCAGAGGGACGAUACCAAAAACAUCUGCCAGGAAGGGAACAUAGAGUAUGAGGCAAUGCAUCCCAAAUGAGAAUGACAUAGCAACAAGAAGCCAAGGAUUCCUCCAGGGUGGCAUUGUGACUAAGCUGUUGUCUUCUGAGAGGGCGUUGAGGGAAUUGAACAUCUCUAUUGCCACCAAGACAGAGAGUGAGAGAGUCACCGCCUUAACUUUACCAACAGAGAAGUAGUCACAAGGAUUUGAAAAUGUGAUCACCCGCCCAUCACCAACUGUGAAUGGAGUGACAGUGAAAUUGGACCAUGAGGAGCACUCUCCCCAGUUGCGAAGCUGGGAUAGUUCAACCAAUGUGUGCCCAUCACUCACAAGAUUGAUACCAAGAAAUGAAGCCUGGGUGUACCACAAAAUGAAGAUUCCUACAGUUGCAAUGCCCACAUAUGAACCAAUUACCUGCCAUUAUGGACAUGGGGAUUAGUUCAAUACAACUGAUAUCAAAGUCGAUCAUUCUAUACUCUUGAUGGUUGCAGCAAGUGAUGAAAGGUGAUGAAAGUGAAGAAAGGAAAAUUGAUGAAUACUAACCAAGUAACGGAAGAGAACCCAAGAGUUUAUCAGAGCAUCAUCACUUUUACGAGGUGGUUUCCGCAUUAUAUCAACAUCAGCAGGGUUAAAUCCAAGAGCUGUUGCAGGUGGACCAUCGGUGACCAAAUUGACCCACAGAAGCUGCACAGGUAUCAUACAUUCUGGUAUGCUCAGUGCAGCAGUUAAGAAAAUGGAUAUAACCUCCCCAACAUUGGAAGAUAUCAUAUACCU